GACUGGAACGUUCAUCGCCAUCGAUUACCUCCUCAAGAUGGCGGAUGAAGAUGGCAAGGUCGAUGUGUUCACCUGUGUGGAGAGUCUGCGCAAGAAUCGGCCCCACAUGGUGCAGACCCAGGAUCAGUAUAAAUUUAUUUAUCUCGUGCUGUUGGAGGCUCUGACGUUUGGAGAUACCUCGAUCUCCCUGAAGGAUUUUGGACAGUGUAUGAGGAUCAUGGCUGAGAAAGAUACUUACACCCUCAGUAAUGGCUUCAGUAAGGAGUAUGAGGGAACAUCCCCACUCCUGACCUUAUGA